GCAAUAAAGAUGACCGCUGCUUUGUGAGUCGUCAUAUAAAGUGGCACUUUUAAACCCUCAUUUUAAAUGUGUCGCCACUUCUGGACAAUGGGAAAUGCGGGUGACAACCGUUAAGAAGCACAGGUCUACAAGUAAUUUAUACAAAUGAUAAAUACUAAAAUGUUUAUACAAAUGAUAAAUACUAAAAUGUUUAUACAAAUGAGACGUGGCCAAAGUGCUGGUCGAUUAGAAGGCGACCUCCAGCUCCAGCCAAUGAAAUUAGGAGCAUCACGAGCGUCUAAUUUAAUUGGCUGGGCUCGCUCCUCCGUGUCCCGCCUACACAAAUUCCUCUAUGCCUCUGAUUGGACGACGUCCGUGACGGCAUCACGUCGCCUGUGUGUGCGAGUUUGAUCAAAUUGGCGGGGGAAUGAGCCGUGCUUGAAAAUAUCAACUCGCGCUCCUUUUUUUCCCCUUCCGCUUCUUGAGUUUAAUGAUAUUGCCAAGUUCCUCAAGUGCUCUUAGAACAAGACGGCACUUUAGCCAUGAAUGCAAAUGAUCCCAACGGCGACGUGGAGGAGCUUGGGGACAAUCUGAACGGCGACAUGGAGGAGCUUGGGGACAAGCUGGACAAGUUUUUGUCCUUGGACGAGGAGGACAACAUGGAAGUCUAUCACAGACACAUCCAAGACGGCAAAAAUGCGGCCCGACGGGGAGAGUUGAGCAAAGCUCUGGAGCACUUCAAGAUGGCCUUCAACAUUCACCACACGGACAAGCUGCAGAAGCGGAUCUGGAAACUGGAGGAGGUUUUGGCGCAGAGUUUCCAGGACGACGACGACGAGUACGUGGACGUCAAGAAGAGCGGCCUGAAGAUGUACAAGGAGCUCUACGACAAGCUGUACGACUACCAGAGGAGCGGCGUGGCCUUCAUGUACAGCCUCUACAGGGACGGGCGCAAAGGUGGCAUUCUCGCCGACGACAUGGGCCUGGGCAAAACCGUCCAGGUCAUUUCCUUCCUCUCGGCCAUGUAUGACAACGAUCUGAUCAAGCACACCAUGCUGGUCAUGCCCACCUCGCUCAUCACUAACUGGACCAAGGAGUUCAACAAGUGGACCCCCGGCAUGCGGGUCAAAGAGUUUCACGGUGUCAGCAAGGCCGAGCGGACCAGGAACCUGGAGAAGAUCCAGAGGAGGAGCGGUGUGAUCAUCACCACCUACACCAUGCUCAUGAACAACUGGCAGCAGCUGUCGUUCUACCAGGGCCGAGAGUUCAAGUGGGACUACAUGAUACUAGACGAGGCCCACAAGAUCAAGACCAGCACCACCAAAACGGCCAAGUGCGCCACCGCCAUCCAGUCUAAAAACAGAGUGCUCCUCACCGGCACGCCCGUCCAAAACAAUCUGCGAGAGUUGUGGGCGCUCUUUGACUUUGCCUGUCAGGGAACUCUGCUGGGCACGCUCAAAACCUUCAAGAUGCAGUACGAGAACCCCAUCACUCGUGCCCGGGAGAAGGACGCCACUCCGGGAGAGAAGGUCCUCGGGUCCCGAAUGUCGGAGAACCUCAUGGCCAUCAUACGACCUUACUUCCUGCGCCGGACCAAGGCCGAAGUGCAGAAGAGCAAAGGCACGUCGGAUGCUGCCGGUCACUCUGCGAGCACCGAGGAGCUCGGGGGUCGAAAGGUCUCUGGGGCCAGCGGGCCCACCCUCACCAGGAAGAAUGACCUGAUUGUAUGGACGUACCUCAGCAGCAUCCAGGAAAACAUCUACUGGAAGUUCAUUUCCCUGGAACACAUCAAGGAGCUGCUCAUGACUUCUAGGUCGCCUCUGGCGGAGCUGACCAUUCUCAAGAAGCUGUGUGACCACCCGCGGCUUCUCUCCGCCCGGGCCACAGCCAGCUUGGGUCUCGGGGAGGCUCAGCAGAGCAACUACCACGAUGACAGCGGCAGUCAGAGCAUCGGCAACGUUCCCGACGAAACUUUGAUCGCCGAGUCCGGCAAACUGGCCUUCCUGCUUACUCUCCUCAAGCAUCUGCGGACCCGUGGCCACCGCACGCUGGUCUUCGCCCACUACAGGAUGGUGCUGGACAUCCUCCAGCGCAUCCUGAGGAACCAGGGCUUCAAAGUCCUGCGCCUGGACGGCACCGUCACGCAGGUGGCCGAGCGUGAGCGACUCAUCACCCUUUUCCAGACGGACAGCAGCUACGCCGUCUUCCUUCUCACCACCCAGGUCGGCGGCGUCGGCAUCACCCUGACGGCAGCUGACAGGGUGGUCAUCUACGAUCCCAGCUGGAACCCGGCGACCGACGCCCAGGCGGUGGACAGGGUGUACCGCAUCGGCCAGACCAAGGACGUGGUCAUUUACCGACUCAUCACCUGCGGCACGGUGGAGGAGAAGAUCUACAGGCGGCAGGUUUUCAAGGACUCGCUGAUCCGCCAGACCACUGGCGACAAGAAGAACCCUUUCCGCUAUUUCAGCAAGCAGGAGCUGCGGGAGCUCUUCAGCCUGGAGGACACCAGGUCCUCCUCCACGCAGCUGCUGCUCCAGUCUCUGCACGCCAAACACCGAAGUAGUGACCCCGACUUGGACGUGCACCUGGCCCUCCUCCACACCAUGGACAUGUUCGGACUCUCCGAUCAUGACCUCAUGUUUUGCCUCAACGUGGACCUCGACGAGGCCCCGCAGGACCGCGAAGAGCAACAGUACAUCGAAGGGCGGGUCCAGAAGGCCCACGAGCUGGUGAAGGCCGAGUCAAACUUGCACAUGCAGUUUGCCACCAUUUUGGAGUCCAGCGCCGAGCCCCCGUGGGGGCGAAAGUCGACAAGUGAGCGUGAGGACCUGCUAAAGGAUAAGAAACUGAGCAAGCCCAGAUCCAGUGUCACAUGCUCGCCGCGCCGCAACAACACGUCGGGCCCGGACCGAUCCAGCGACGCCAAGGAGGGCGGCGGCCUUUGGGGUCGCAGCAGCUCGGUCCAUCUCGCUGACGAAGAAAGCCCCCCGCCGAGGAACCCAGACAACUUCGGAGAGCACGUCCAGAAGAGUCUGGAAGAGAGCCUUGGGGCCGACAGACAAGUUGCUCCCACGCACGUCAGUCUCAACGAAGGCAACAGACUCUCCGCCCUGCAGUCGUCCAUGUCCAGCUUGAGAGUGGACUGCUGGAGCAGAGUCAGCGACAGCGGCUCCGAGCUGAUGGAAGGAAACUUCAAUCUACAGCUGGAGGAGAGCGAGAUCUCCUACCAGGAUGAGGAGAAGAAGCUUCAGUCACAACUCCGGCUGGACGAAGAAGACAUCCUGUACCAGGAUGAGGAGAGAAAGCUCCUGUCGCCAAUUCAGCUGGAUGAGGAGCCCGAUGUCCUGUACCAGGAUGAUGACGACGACGAGGAGGAGGAGGAGGAGGAAGAGGAGGAGGAGGAGAAGCUGUUGUCGCAGCUUCAGAUAUCGGGAACCUUCGACGUGGGCAAGUCCUUGACGGAGAGGCAGCUCGGACUCAGCAUCCAAUCCCGCGUCUCCGAGAUGGACGAGUCUAUCGCCGCGGCGACCAAGAAGAAGAAGAUAGUGCCCUUCAUUUAUGACAGCGAAGAGGAAGAGGUGGAGGAGGUGCAGGUUAAGGUUGCCCCAUCGUCCUCCAAGGCCUCCGCUGCGUUCAACAGCUUCCCACCACAUGGUUCGUCCACGCCAAAGUCCUCACCGCCCAUCAGCUCGAGAAAAAGCAUCCGGGGAAACGUGUCAGUGGCGUCUCGCCGCUCCCUCGAAGUCCACCGGAAUAAGAUUUCGGCGAGGUCUUCUGACGAGGAGGAGGAUGAGGAGGAUGCCACCACAAAGACCCCAAACUCGCAUGAAGAUGUCGAAGAAGUGGAAGAAGUAGAAGAGGACGAGGAGGACGAAGAGGAGGAGGAGGAGGAUUUGCAGGAGGAUCCCCCUAGCGGCAUCCUGGAAGAGUCGACCAGCGAGCCCGAACUGACGUCCUCCGAGAGGUUGGAGCAGUGCGCCGCCAAAGCGACGGUGGGCUGCGUCGAUGCCUACGAGUCGCUGGUGAGGCGAGGCCGCGAGUCGUACACACAGGGCCGCCUUGGGGAGGCUCUGGAUUUGUUCCUCAAGGCUAUCGACAUCAGGCCCGGAGACCCGGAAAUCCAGUCCUUGACCAUCCAGCUGUACCGACAGCUCAGUCGCUCGUAACACGAACGCGCCCAAAAACUCUGAUCAAAUGUUCAAUACAUUUUUGCUGUUUUGGUUGCUGUCAAAGCCGCCCAGCACUGGCUGCUACUGCCCGUCUUGCGCAACUGAUGAGGAAAAAUAAAAGCCUUUUCUAUGGUU